CGUGUUGACAGAAGAAGCCAGAGAUAAAAGCGGAAAAUGUUGUGACAGAGUCCUGACCUGAGGACCUCACUGGUCAGACAGAGAGGGUGUGCUCAGCUUACCUUUUACUUAACCUUCUCCGUAGCUUUUUGUGUUUUUCCUGCGCUUGUCACACUGCUGGGAACAUGUCGUCUGUCUCUAUACCCCCACCAAAAUGCCUGCUGAAAUCGUUAGUGGUCCCUUAUCGUCACAUGUUUGGACCAGGACCUUCCAAUGUUCCUUUACGAAUCUUGGAGGCCGGGGCCAAUCCUGUCAUUGGACACAUGCAUCCAGAGAUAUUUAAGAUAAUGAGUGACAUCCAAAGUGGAAUCCAGUACAUGUUCCAGACUGAGAACAACAUGACUUUAGCAGUGAGCGGCACUGGCCACAGUGCUAUGGAGUGUGCCAUCUUCAAUGCAGUGGAGCCCGGGGAGAGCGUACUGACGGCAGUCAACGGCAUAUGGGGAGAGCGAGCAGCAGAAAUGGCUGAGAGGAUAGGUGCCAGAGUAAAUACCAUUGUGACGCCCCCUGGUGGUUUCUUCACUAAUGAAGAAAUUGAGCAGGCUUUAUCGAAACACAGGCCAGUGCUGUUCUUCCUUGCACAUGGAGAAUCUUCUACAGGAGUCUUGCAUCCUUUAGAAGGCAUCGGACAGCUGUGCCAUAAGUAUAACUGCUUGUUUCUGGUUGACUCUGUGGCAUCAUGUGGAGGGACCCCUCUGUACAUGGACCAGCUAGAGAUAGACAUCCUAUACACGGGCUCCCAAAAGGUUUUGAAUGCUCCUCCGGGUACAGCACCCAUCUCCUUCAGUGAGAGAGCAUGCCAGAAAAUAUUAAACCGGAGGACAAAGCCUGUGUCAUUCUUCUUGGAUCUGAGUUGGCUUGCAAACUACUGGGGAUGUGAUGGCAAGCUGUCAAGAGUAUAUCACCACACAGGUCCAGUCACUGCUUUUUACUCUCUGAGGGAGAGUCUGGCUGUCCUUGUUGAAGAGGGUCUGCAGAAUUCAUGGGAAAGACACCAAGAAGUGGCUGAGUAUUUCCAUGCUGGCCUAGAGAGCAUGGGUCUCAAACUUUUUGUCAAACCAAAAAAAGCAAGACUGCCUACAGUUACCACUAUUAUUGCUCCUCAUGGAUAUGACUGGAAAGAGAUCACAGCCUACAUCAUGAAAACACAUAAUUUAGAGAUUUCUGGAGGGCUCGGACCAUCAGUUGGCUUGGUGUUGCGUGUGGGGCUGAUGGGAUGUAACAGCAGCAAGGCCAAUGUUGACAUGGUGUUAGCAGCACUGAAAGAUGCUCUGAAACACUGCCACAAGAGCAAAGUGUAACAUGUUGCUGUUGGAUGCUGUAAAGAUAAUCAAGAAGGAGAUUGUAAUAAAUAAACCAUUAUUCUCAGUAGUUGUCUUGUGCAGCUUGAAUGGGAACAGUGGACUUGUCUGCAUAAUAGUACCUUUAGUGUGGUGGUGGUGAUGAUGGCGCAGUGGAUAUAACACAUGCCUUUGGUGUGGGAGAUCUGGGUUUGAUUCCCACUGCGUUACAUCAACCAAUGUGUCCCUGAGCAAAUCACUUAACUCCUAGUUGCUUUAGAGGCGUACAACCUCUGAUAUACAGCAAUUGUAAGUUGCUUUGGAUAAAAGCAUCAGCUAAAUGAAAUGAAAUUAUUUUUGAUUUUCAGUCUAAUAAAAACUAAUAACUAAUUUGACAUGAUAGUAUUCCACUCUUAAUGGUAUAUUAGAUACAUUUAACACAAGUCAUAUCCUACCCCCUUUUCUAGCAAAUUGUAUAUUUACAUCAAUGGGUUUUCUCAUGGUGGGCUUCUUUCAUCAUUCUUACUAAUACCUCAAACUGUUCCUGUUGUUUUCUGUCCAUAUCCGAAGCUAAGUGUACUGAUUAUAGUAGAACAUUAAAACAUCAUAUUGACUAAGGAGAAAAAAAACUAUUCUACAUAUCCCAUGAGCUGUAAAAUUAUUAUAGCCUGCUUUUCAUCCUGCUACCAGAACAAAAACACACACACACACACACACACACACCUUUCAUCGAUAUCAAUACUGGAAGCUGCCUUUUUGUAAAUUCAGUGAUGUAAUGCCUGUGCAUUGUGGAUUUAUUUACCAUGUGGAUUUAUUACUGGACUUACUUACUUUUAUUAUAUCAAAAGUAUUAAACAAUGUGAAUGGAAUGUGCAAACACAUUUUAUAAAAGGAAACAAUAUUGAAAUAAAUAAAAAGGAGUUUUUAUAAUUUUGAAUGUAAUCAAAUGUUUAUAAUGUUCCGGACUUAUGUUAUUAUUCUGGACUUUGUGCAGAAUGUGCAAAACUAUGACUACAAUUCCCUUUUUCU